AUGGGCCAGCCUGUGAUACAACUCCAGAACGAGGGCAACGUCAACUGCGUAUUAAAGGAGUUGCGACUCCACUAUCAAAUACUGCAGUGUCUUGGGGAGAAGGAGCACAACGACAACCUGGCUAAAGUGCUUCUGUUCAUGGUCGAACUUGACGUCUACAAUUGUCGAUGGUCCAACGGCUACCAACGAGUACGAGAGUUCAUGGAGAUCGAGGGCGGAGGCCGCCACAGCCGCCAUGACGAUUUUCAUGGCGGGGUACGUUAA